CCAGACCCUUCGAUACGUUUGUUCUUAAAAUGGGAGCAAAAUAUCCUAUGAAUAAGAGAAACGUUCGUAUUUUUAAUUGUGAAAUUACGAUACGGUAGAAAAAAGUUGAAUAUUUAUGAGAGCGAUUGCAUUUAUCAGAGACGAGAAAUGCAAUCGUGUUUAAAAGACAAAAUAAUUUGAAAGAAACGUGAGAAACGAACGAAAACAUUUAUUCAAUUGAAUUCGUUUAUGAUCUCGAGUCAACGCGAACGUGACUUUCACUGUUAAAUUUAUCAAGCUGUACCAUUAUUUGGAACAAAGGAGAUUAUAUUUUUGAAAGUGCUGAUGGAAUUUUGUACAGAAAUGAGCACAAUCGAUGGGGGUCCUGGAAGCCCUCAUCUUCGCUCAUAUAAAUCGCGCUCUGUCCGGCUAAUUUACAUCAGUGAGAGUGCUCUGUUCCUCGUUACAACUUCAUAAUGCCGAGAAGCAAAAUGGGCUCCCAUUUCGUACUUCUCUCAUGCAUCAUGAUCGGUCUCACAAUGGCUCAGCUAAAUCCAAGCGAUAUCGACAAGGUCAUGUCGUCCAACAGCGCCUUCAAGGUCUAUUUCAAUUGUCUUAUCGACGAGGGUGGCUGUACACCGAAAGGGAGGCAAUUAAAAAGCAUCAUUCCGAACUUGAUAAGGCACGGUUGCUCUGAAUGCACCGCCGAAGAAAAAAAAAUGGUGAAAAUGAUCGUGAGACGAAUGCAGAGCGAGCGCAAAGUCGAGUGGGAAAAAUUGAGACACAAGUACGAUCCGCACCACGAGUAUGAUGAGGUUUUUCAUCAAUUUAUGUCAUCAUGAGGUUCUGAAAGGGAAUGGAGGGUCAAAAUGACGGAGAGAAUUUUCCUUGGAACUACUUUUCAGAUCGAAUUGAAUCGCAGACGAUCUCGAAGGAUUCGUCGGAAAUUAGAAACUAGGUCUAGAAAUUUAACUCAAUAAAUUGUUGAUUAAUUGUUAAAGCUAAAAGUCGUAACAAAAAUAAACGAAUAAUUCGGAAACACA